AUAAAAAUGAAACACCUGGCCAAAUCGAAACCCUAAUCAGCCGCUAGGGUUUUAGCUCCAAAGUUCAAGUCCAUCUCACUUGUUUCUCAAAGAUCCUAGCUGAUACUGCAUAAUGGGUAAAGAAAAGAUUCACAUUAACAUUGUUGUUAUCGGACAUGUCGACUCUGGAAAGUCAACAACCACUGGUCACUUGAUCUACAAGCUUGGAGGUAUUGACAAGCGUGUGAUCGAAAGGUUCGAGAAGGAAGCUGCUGAAAUGAACAAGAGGUCAUUCAAGUAUGCUUGGGUGCUCGACAAGUUGAAGGCUGAGCGCGAGCGUGGUAUUACCAUUGAUAUUGCCUUGUGGAAGUUUGAGACCAACAAAUACUACUGCACCGUCAUUGAUGCCCCCGGACAUCGUGACUUUAUCAAGAACAUGAUCACUGGUACCUCUCAGGCUGACUGUGCUGUCCUUAUCAUUGACUCCACCACUGGAGGUUUUGAGGCUGGUAUUUCUAAGGACGGGCAGACCCGUGAACAUGCUCUGCUUGCCUUCACUCUCGGUGUGAAGCAAAUGAUUUGCUGUUGCAACAAGAUGGAUGCCACAACUCCCAAAUACUCAAAGGCAAGGUAUGAUGAAAUCGUGAAGGAAGUUUCUUCCUACUUGAAGAAGGUUGGUUAUAAUCCUGACAAGAUUCCUUUUGUCCCCAUCUCCGGAUUUGAGGGUGACAACAUGAUUGAAAGGUCAACCAAUCUUGAUUGGUACAAAGGCCCGACUCUUCUUGAGGCUCUUGACCAGGUCAACGAGCCCAAAAGGCCUUUUGAUAAGCCCCUUCGUCUCCCACUUCAGGAUGUUUACAAGAUUGGAGGUAUUGGAACUGUCCCAGUGGGUCGUGUUGAAACUGGUAUCCUCAAGCCUGGUAUGGUUGUUACUUUUGGUCCCUCGGGAUUGACCACUGAAGUCAAGUCUGUGGAAAUGCACCAUGAGGCACUCCAAGAGGCUCUUCCUGGAGACAAUGUUGGCUUCAAUGUUAAGAAUGUUGCUGUCAAGGAUAUCAAGCGAGGAUUUGUUGCCUCGAACUCGAAGGAUGAUCCGGCAAAGGAAGCAGCCAACUUCACCUCCCAAGUCAUCAUCAUGAACCACCCAGGCCAAAUUGGAAACGGAUAUGCUCCUGUCCUUGAUUGCCACACUUCCCACAUUGCUGUCAAGUUUUCGGAGCUCUUGACCAAAGUUGACAGACGAUCUGGUAAGGAGCUCGAGAAGGAGCCGAAGUUCUUGAAGAAUGGUGAUGCUGGAUUCGUUAAGAUGAUUCCCACCAAGCCCAUGGUUGUGGAAACCUUUUCCGAGUACCCACCGCUCGGUCGUUUUGCUGUGAGGGACAUGAGGCAGACUGUUGCAGUUGGUGUCAUCAAGAGCGUGGAGAAAAAGGAUCCAACUGGAGCCAAGGUGACCAAGUCCGCUGCCAAGAAGAAAUGAACCGUUUGUGUUUUGGUUGAUUCAACAAGCCCGCGUCAUGAUCACUACUGUAGAACUUUGGUUGUGUCGUUCAUCAGACUUAUAGUUGCGUGUUUUGAUGGUGGUUGUCGUUUGAAGUCGUCACCGUCUUCUCAAGGAUAUUGUUCUCAGAACUGGGUUCUUGAUAGGCGGUGGUGCGGCUUUAGUUUCGGAGUCUGCAGUGUGUUUUGCGUACUUUAAAAGGCGUCUUUUAUGUAUUGUUGUUUUCCAUUAUAAUCAUCUCAGAACUUUUAGGUUA